AUGUUGAUAACAGCGAAACCCACUCAACUUCAACCAUGGUUACAAUUCCCACCAUCAACUACACUCCCUAAACGAACAACCUUCAACACCACCAGAACCAUCGUUCUCAACACCACCAGAACCAUCGCUCUCAACACCACCAUCGACGACACCAACAACACCACCAUCGAUGACACCAACAACACCGCAUCUUCUUAUCCACAGAAACCUAAAAGGAGGAACCCCAAUCGAAAACUCUACCCCGGAGAAAUCACCGGAAUCACCGAAGAGAUGAGGUUCGUCGCCAUGCGACUUCGCAGCGACAAAACCAACACCACCGUUUCCACUUCGAAAACUACCUCUACAGAACAACACGAUGAAGAACAGAUUCCUGACACGUGGCAACCUUCCAUGCUAGGGUUUACCCGAUUCUUAGUCGAUAAUCAACACGUUUUCAGCACGCUUGAACGCAUUAUUGACCAUUCCGAUAACGAUUCAUAUGCCUACAUGAGAAAAACUGGAUUGGAAAGAUCAGAAGGGAUUUUGAAGGAUUUAGAAUGGUUGAAGGAAGAAGGAGUUGAAAUUCCCAAUCCAAGUUCUCCUGGGAUAACAUAUGCAAAAUAUUUGGAGGAGCUUGCGGAAAACACACCUCUUUUUCUCUCCCAUUUCUACAAUAUCCAUUUCUCUCAUAUAACUGCUGGCCAGGCUAUUACAAAGCAGGUUUCGGAAAAGCUCCUGGAAGGUAAGGAGCUGGAGUUCUACAACUGGGAAGGAGAUGUACAGGAAAUGCUGAAAGAUGUACGAGAGAAGCUUAACGUGCUUGCAAAGCAUUGGUCUCGGAAUGAAAAAAAUAAAUGUUUAAGAGAAACAAAAAAGUCAUUCCAGUUUAUGGGAGAGAUUGUUCGUUUAAUCGUCUUAUGA